CUUUUGUUGUCCCACCAAAAAUACGUUCCUGAACCGCCUAAAUGGAUCAUCGUGGGCUGUGGCCAUGGGAAGUCGAAGAGCAUCGCCGACGAGCUCUGUUAUCUGAAAGAUAAAAGUGAGAGAAUGUUUCAAGGGAACAAGACGCUAACUUACCAAGCAAUGCAGAUGCAGGGGGGCAGCGAAUGCCUCUGCAGGCCGCGUCUAUUGCUGAGGCAUUGGAAUUGCUGCUUUCGUCAACAGCAUCGGCGAGAGCUCUGAUUGGAAGGGGAUGGGGCUGGAUGAGGUCGUUGUUGGUGGUGCCGGUGGUGAGGGUGGCGGUUCUGCUCUGCCUAGUGAUGUCGGUCAUGAUGCUCGUCGAGAAGCUAUCAAUGGGCGUCAUCAGCCUCUUUGUCAAACUAGCCCGCCGCAGCCCCGAUCGCGUCCACCGAUGGCAACCCCUCACCCUCGUCUCAGCCACCGAUGAAGAAAUGGGAAUGGAAAACGGGAACCAUCAGCAGCAGUCCUCUUUUUUCCCGAUGGUGCUUGUUCAGAUCCCCAUGUACAACGAAAAAGAGGUGUACCAGAAAUCAAUCGGAGCCGCGUGUGAUCUCGAAUGGCCCUCCGAUCGAAUUAUCAUUCAAAUUCUCGAUGAUUCCACGGAUCCUUUCAUUAAGGACCUGGUGAAGACUGAGUGUGAAAGAUGGCACAAAAUGGGGAAGAGUAUAAAGUACGAGACUAGGAACAACAGACAUGGAUACAAGGCAGGUGCUCUAAAAGAAGGAAUGAAGCACAGCUAUGUGCAGAGUUGCGAGUUUGUUGCCAUCUUCGAUGCUGAUUUCCAGCCUUCUUCUGACUUCCUGAUGAGAGCCAUGCCCUUCCUUAUUCAUAAUCCAGACAUUGGACUCGUUCAAGCUCGCUGGAGGUUUGUAAAUGCCAAUGAGUGCUUAAUGACAAGAGUCCAGGAGAUGUCCAUGGAUUAUCACUUUAAGGUGGAACAAGAAUCAGGCUCAUCAGCUGCAGCUUUCUUUGGUUUUAAUGGUACUGCUGGAGUAUGGAGAAUCAUGGCGUUAAAUGAAGCAGGAGGUUGGAAGGAGCGCACUACUGUAGAGGAUAUGGACUUGGCUGUUAGAGCAAGUUUAGGAGGUUGGAAAUUUUUAUAUGUAGGCAACAUCCAGGUUAAAAGUGAACUACCUAGCACUUUUAAGGCCUAUCGUCACCAACAACAUCGCUGGGCAUGUGGACCUGCGAAUCUCUUCCGGAAAAUGCUAACUGAUAUUGUGCAUGCCAAGAAAGUUUCUUUCUGGAGAAAAUGUCAUGUUCUCUACAACUUCUUCAUAGCCCGACGAAUUAUAUCACACUGUGUCACAUUCUUCUCCUACUGUGUGGUGAUUCCUUUAUCGGUCUUCUUUGAGGAAGUUGAAGUCCCCAAAUGGGCGGUGUUUUAUGUGCCAACAAUCAUAACCCUUCUUAAUUCAGUUGGUACGCCAAGCUCUUUCCACCUAAUUGUAGUCUGGGUCCUAUUUGAAAAUGUUGUUUCAUUGCACCGAUGCAAAGCCGUCUUCAUUGGUCUUCUGGAGGUUGGCAGCGUAAACGAGUGGGUUGUCACUGAAAAAUUAGGGGACAUGCUGAAGGCCGAACCAACUGUCAACAUUAGAAGUAAAGUCCAAAUGAAGCUCUCGGAUAGGUUUCAUUUCUGGGAGCUUGGAAUUGGACUAUACCUAUUUGUAUGCGCAUGCUACGAUUACAGCUACUGCAAAGACCGCUAUUUCCUGUACAUCUUUCCUCAGUCCAUCUCAUUUCUCAUCAUGGGUUUUGGUUAUGUGGGCACCUUCGUCCAGAAUGGCUAGUAAAAGCUAUAUUGGUAUUUGAAUCUUCUCGUCAGAGUCUUCUACGAUCUUUCGGUGUAUUUCACUGUUUCUACGACGUUCAUCUGUUAAUUUUUAUCUACUUUUUUAUAUUUUGUUGGGAAAAGGAGGUUCCAGUGAGGGUUCAUCAUUUAAAUAAUGAAGCCUAUUCUGGCUUUUCAUUGUUCAAUAUAUUUAUAUAUAUAGUUCAAUUCAUGCUGUUGAAUAUCA